UGGGCUCUAGGCAAUAUCGUUUACGUUCAAGAAUUGCGGUAAGCUCUUUAUCAGGGAGCCCCGGGAAACGGUCUAAAGAUAGAAAACAGGAAACUCUACCUUAAAAGGAAGACCAAUACAAUAAUCCGAGUUUACUGAACUAAUUUUUUGGUGCAGUGAUAACAUAUAAAAAAAAAAAGGAAUUAUUAAUUUAAUAAAGAUAAAUAGAUAGAUAGAUAGAUAGAAAUAGAAAUAAAUGAUGAGUGGUGAAUUGUACGAAGAAUCUUUUUGCAAAUAUGAACGAUAAAUAAUUGUGAAGAAAAAAAAGAUUAAAUAAGAUAUCAUCGAUGGACGACGAGAUUCAUAUCAGAAUAUCGUUUUGGAUGUUAAUGGAAGAUGAUCGGAAUUAAAGGAUAGUUUUUUCUAUCAUCUAUCUAUUUUUUAAUUGUUCAUAAUAUACUUUUAAGACUGUUCUUUUUUGUAUUCUUAAAUUUUAUUUUUGUCUAUUCGUGGUGUUAUGAUGAGUUGAAGGAAGAGAUAUCAGUUAUAACGGAGAGCGUGCGUCAGGUGCUCUCGAUUGGCUCGAUAUCAACGAAGAUAGGAAGAGAGGACAGGAAUCGAUUUACAAAAGAGAAAGAGAUAUAUAUAUAUAUAUAUAUACAUAUAUAUAUAUGUAUAUAUACAUAUAAACGCAUUAUAUAUAUGUAUGCAACGAGUUAGCGAGAAAAAUGGAAAAGAAAAUAGAAACAAUCGUAUCUGAAGAAAUGAUCUUUCGAUGAGGACGUUUGAUAAUCUCGAGAAACACGUUAAAAACGAACGAAAGAUAGGAAAAGAGAGAGAAAGAAAGAGUGAAAGGUUUCUCCCGCCGAUACUCGACCUCCUGUCAAUAUCAUCAUCCUCCUUCCCGAUACUCGAGAGCAACCACCACUUGUACUUCCUUUACCCCUCAAACAAGCUCACGUUCUUCCAACUAAACCAAAAUGAACAUUGCGGAUCAUCCUGACGUAUCAUAAAUGACGUGUUUCUUUCUCAAUUCGUCGUCAGGCCUAUUUUCGUUCAUCUUUUCAAAAUCAUAUAUUGAUUAUUAUUAAAGAAAAUAAUAAGACAACCAAUAGACAUCAACGAGAUCAACAAGAAUCGUAUUCACUCUCGUUGUGUUUUCUCCUUUCUUCUUUUUCUUUUUUUUUUUUGUUAUUUUUUUUUCCUCUCUUUUUCAACCAAAUUCGAAAAUUUUGCAAUGGAAUUGACAGAGACUUAUUUAGCGACUAGCCACGAAGUGUAUACAACCGGUGUGUCAGAAUUUCAAACAACACGUGUGUUGCGUGUCUAAAAAGAAGAAGAAGAAGAGAAAGAAGAAGAAGAAGUAAUAGUGAAAGAAAAAAAGUAAGGAAGAUAAAGAAGAAAAUUUGUAGAUUUUUCGUCAUAAUCGCAAAUGCGCGUGUGCGAUAAAAUGAGUUAAAAAAUAAAAUAAAAAAACAUAGAAAAAAAAGGAAGUGUGACUUGUUUGCCGAUUAAAAUGACGAUCGUGAUUUAUAUCGAUCGUUUAACGAUCAAACGUUCUCGAUGACAAAUCGAAGAAAAUUAAAAAUGUUUCUACAGAAUUGACAGUUUCGAAUCAAACGUUAUACGUUUGUUAUAUAACUGGACCAUUAACAAUUGACAAAAAAGAAAAAAAACAAACAAAAAACAUUUAAUUAAAAAGUGAAACAUUCGUUCAAAAGAAGAAAAGGUUUAAAGUUGCGUAAUGUUAACCAUCGAUAAUAAACAAGAGAAAAGAUACGAGCGUUUGCGAUCGAUGAUCCACCACGCUCGUGGAUUUUUUCGAUUGCCAUUUUGAAUCCCAAUAGAAGAUUCAAAUUUUGUGGCUGGAAGAGGGAGGUGGGAGGGAGGUAGGCACGAGAGAAAAAAAUUUCUAUCGCACAUUGCGUUGCGUUGCGUUGCUUUGCGUUUUUUCUCGCAAAGUGUAAAAUUAACAAUAAUAAUAAUAACAAGAAAAUAACAAAGAAAGAAAGAAUAAACCAAUCAAGACACUUGUAAAGAGAUAGGAUUAAUCGUAUAAUAACGUUAAAUCAAUUUCUCACAAUACAAAAUGGGUUGCGAACUUAGCAAACUUACAGCUACGAAAUCGCGAAAUCAAAAUGCUCGCGAAGCUUCGCCACCACCACCACAAAAUACUACAGAUCCUAGACUUCCAUUGACGGCUAGGCAAAAAUUUACAGUUAUGGCUAGUUGGAGGGCCGUAGGUAGAGCCCUAGAAGCUACCGGUAUCUACAUGUUCAUAAGAUUAUUCGAAGAGAACGCAGAUUUAUUGAAUCUUUUCACUAAAUUUCGUGAUUUGAAAACGAAGGAACAACAAUCGUCGAGUAUGGAAUUGGCCGAACAUGCAAAAACGGUCAUGAUGACUCUCGAUGAAGGAAUUAAAUGUUUAGACGACAUGGAUACAUUUCUGGAGUACUUGCAUCAGGUUGGUGCAUCGCACACUAAAAUUCCGGGCUUCGAUCGAGAAUAUUUUUGGAAAAUCGAGAAGCCCUUCCUAGAUGCAGUGGAACGAACGUUGGAAGAUCGUUAUUCGGAGAACGUAGAAAACAUCUAUAAGAAGACGAUCAAGUUCAUCAUCGAAACGCUUAUAGAUGGCUUUGACAAAGCACAAAGCGAAAAGGCCAAGUCCUAGUCGUACUCAUUUGAUUAGAAUCGACAUCCUUAAAAGCGCCCUUUCUUUCUCUCUUUCUCUUUCUCUCUUUCUCUCUCUCUCUCUUUUCAUCUCUCUAACUCUCUCUCUCUAUCUCACGGACCUGACGUAUUCGAGUAUACGUUUUCAAAUAAACGCAAACAUACACACACACACACACACACGCACACAAAUAUAUACAAAAAUAAUCGCACGCAUUACUCUGCAUAUAUAGACAACAAAUAAUAGAGGAAAAAGUUUCAUAGAAAAGGGGGAUUUACUUGUAUUACGUAUUUCGUAUUUUUUUUCGAUAAAUCGAUCCGAUCCGAUGGUCGUCAAAAGAAGAAAACAAAAUUUAAAAUAAGAUAAAAAGAAAACGGAAAAUAUCGACGGUGCUAGACGAUUUGUCAUUCUGUUCUGUUUUCUUCCUUUGAAGACUUCGUCGUCGUUGUGGGAGCUUUUUCUUUUUUUCGGCAAAAAUUUUGUGGGACAAACGAAAGGAGAGAGAUCAUCUUUUGGAAAAGAAGAAGAAGAAGAAGAAGAA